UCCAUUGCACGUGACCUAAUGUGUGACGUCGCUUUGAAAGAUGGCGGCCUCCAUCAGUGCACCGCUGCAACAGUAGUGCAACUUACUUUUAGGCUUGUGUACAAUAUUCGUUUAAAAAAAUGAAGACCUUCUGUGGAAGAGCAAACCCGAGCACUGGAGCUUUAGACUGGGUGGAGGAGAGUGAGGAGUACGACUACCACCAGGAGAUAGCCAGGUCCUGUUAUGCGGAUAUGCUACAUGACCAUGACAGGAAUAAGAAGUACUACCAGGGCAUCCGGGCAGCCGUAGCCAGAGUUAAGGCCCGUGGUGAAAAGGUCAUCGUCCUGGACAUCGGGACAGGAACAGGCCUACUGUCCAUGAUGGCCGUCACUGCUGGAGCUGACUUCUGCUACGCUGUGGAGGUUUUUAAGCCCAUGGCUGAGGCAGCGCGGUGCAUUGUGGAGAAGAACGGCUUCACUGAAAAGAUCAAGAUCAUCAACAAACACUCCACCGAUGUCACCGUGGGGCCAGAUGGAGAUAUGCAAAUGAAGGCCAACGUUCUGAUCACAGAGCUGUUCGAUACAGAGCUGAUAGGUGAAGGAGCCCUGCCCAGCUAUGAACAUGCUCACCAAAAUCUUGUCCAGGAGGCUUGUGAGGCAGUCCCUCACCGGGCCACCGUCUACGCCCAGCUGGUGGAGUCGGAGCUGCUGUGGAGCUGGGCUCAGCUGCAGCCGGUGGAAGUGGAGGGGGUCCGCCUGGUCCCGCCGCCCGCCGUUGGCCACUGCGCCGGAGCCCACUCUGUGUGUGACAUCCAGCUGAGCCAGGUGUCUCCGCACAGCUUCACCCCGCUCGGUCCCCUCUGCACCAUGUUCAGCGUGGAUUUCAGUAAGCCAGUGAGCAGCGCAUUCAAGUCCCACACCUCCCAGUUUGUGUCCAAGUCCGGCGGUCGGGCCCAGGUCGUCUUAUCUUGGUGGGACCUGGACAUGGAUCCCAGUGGAAGCGUUGUGUGCACCAUGGCUCCCAGCUGGACAUACCCACAGCCAACGAUGGCUCCGUGGCGGGACCACUGGAUGCAGAGUGUGUACUUCCUGCCUGCGGAGAGAAGAGUGACAGAAGGGGAGGAGCUGAGUCUGACUGUGUGCCAUGACGACUACAGCCUGUGGUACAGCCUGCAGUCUCCAAGCCAGCAUGACUCCCAGACCGAAGCUCCUCCCUCUCGGCCCUGUUGUACUUGCCAGGCCCACCUGGUUUGGACUCGACCGCGUUUCGGCGAACUCAACGACAGGCAGCGCACAGAGAGCUACGUCAGCGCGCUGCGCAGCGUCCUAAAGGAGGACAGCGUCUGUCUCGGCGUCAGCGAUGGAAGUCUACUUCCUGUGUUCGCUCACAUGAUCGGAGCCAAGAAGGUCUACGGUCUGGAGAACUCCAGAAUGUCUAAACAGGUUAUCAAGCAGGUGUUGGAAGCCAACUCCACUGAAGGAGGUGUUGAGCUGCUGGAGAUCCGGCCAGAGCAGCUGACGAGUAACGAUCUAGCAGGGGAGCAGAUCUCGGUCCUGAUGGGUGAACCGUACUUCAGCACCAGCCUCCUGCCCUGGCACUCCCUGUUCUUCUGGUACUGUCGGACCGCCCUGGCCGGCCUUCUCCGGCCCAACGCCACAAUCCUGCCCUGCUCCGCCACUCUUCACAUGGUGGCUGUAGAGUUCCAGGAUUUGUGGAGGAUAAGAGCUCCUUGUGGAACAUGUGAGGGCUUUGAUGUCUCACCAAUGGAUGAAAUGGUCCAGAGAUCUCUGGAUUUCCGUGAGUCCCGUGAGGCGGAGCCCCACCCACUCUGGGAGUACCCGUGUCGCGCUCUGACCCGGUCCACAGCGGUCAUGACUUUCGACUUCACACAGUGUGUCCCUCAACAGCCAAUCAGCAGCCAGGGCUCGCUGCCGUUCAUAAGGAAUGGUCGUUGUCAUGGUGUCGCAUUAUGGAUGGAAUAUCACCUAACCGAUGACAUCACCGUCAGUGCAGGUCUGAUUGGACCAGUCAAUGAGCAGGGGGAGUGCAAGUGGAGUCGUCACAGGAAACAGGGAGUGUAUUUUCUCAGGUCGCCGUGGGAGAGCUCAGGCGACGGCAGAGCUGCAGUGUCUUACAACUUCACCUUUGAACCCGCUUUGGGAGACAUUAAGAUGGACUUCAGCGUGAAGUCUCAGUGAUGUGGACACUGAGGAGGACUGACUCUCGAGUGCUGUGCUUUUAUCUCACGUUGCUGUUUGUAUUUUUUUCCAUAUUGGGUGCACAUUUAACAUCUGUGGUUCGGCCAAUAUGGUGUUAUUAUUCUGACUGAAGCUGGCGUCAUCAUGACUCAUGACCGUAUUUAGUGUUUCGACACUGUGGAACAUAAAAACUGUCAUUAACUGACACUACCAAAAUCGUACAAAUUAACGUCUUAAUAAUUCAUACUAACGGCUUUCCAAAAGCAGCUAGCAAUUCUACAAUAAAGUAUUCAACUAAUUAAAAAGGUGUUUGUCAGUAACUGGCUGAUAGAUGUUCUGUGGGUCAGUUUGGUGCAAUUAGGGAGGAAAAAAGAACAGAUCACCAGUGUUGCAAAGCCAAGUGUGUUAUUGAAAUGUUUUACGUUUUAUAUUGCUUGUCCAGUGAUUUUUGUCUAAUAUUUGCUGAGUUUCCAUGAAGGACAAGUUUUGGAAAACAGACUGCAGAGAGUAGCAGGGCAGUGACAUCACUGAGUGCUUCAAAUCUAAUACUCUUAAUGUUGGACACUGCAUACAUUCAGAG